CCAGGCGGCAGAUCAUGAGACACGACAAGAGUUCGUAAUUUCAUUUAGCAAGAGCCAAGAAGAAGAAGUUUCUCGUUUCGUCUGAAGCCUAAAGGAAGUUGCUGUUGUUGACAUCGAGAAAUUGUACACGUGAUAGCAAGUCAAUGCAGAAUUAAGAGUCUUGCCUUCAUAUUUUGCGGUGACUGUUGAAGAAAUGAAAGUGAAACAUCUUGUUAUUGAUGCUGCUGGCUUUGUAAAAAAUCUACCACUUUGGUCAACCAGUUCUCAAAGAAAACAGGCGAUUAUGCAGUGCUCUCUCUGGCUGAUGUAAAGCUCUUGGCUCUUACUUACGAGCUAGAGAUUGAAGCUCAUGGAAGUUCAGAUCAUCUGCGCACCGAACACAAAGGCCUGUUGUUGAAGGCCCUUCAAUUCAAAGAAAGACGACCAACGGAACUGGAAGGUUUUCAUUUACCCAAGGAAAAGGAGGAAAGUUGCAAACUACCUGAGCUUAUUGGACAGAACCCAGCAAUUUUGGAGGAUGUUUUGCAAGGGGAUCUAAAAUCUUUAUCACUAAAUUAUAAAGAGCAACUUGAUGAAGAGGGUAAUGAAAAAAGUGACAAUGAGGAUGAUUUAAGUCGCUCAGCAGAUGAGGGCAGUCUUCAUACCAAAGGAACAGAUGAAGGUGAGGAAGCUGAUAUUGAAGAUGGGAAUGAAAGCGAAGAAUUCAGAAGUGGCAACUUUGAUGAGGAACGUCUGAGUGAAAAUGACAGAAAUGAGGAUGGUGUAUGUUUUGACCACGAUGAAAACGACAAUGUUGACCUCAGUUUUGACCAUAAUGAAGACGAUGAUGAUGAUGAGGGCUGGAUAACGCCUUGUAAUGUCAAACGUUAUAAACUUAAAGAAAAAAAUUUACCAGCAGAAGAGGAGCAGGAUAAGAAUGUACUUGUAGCUUGUGUGACGUCAGAUUUUGCUAUACAGAAUGUACUGAAGCAUAUUGGUUUAUCUGUGAUGGGCGUCGAGGGUAAAAUCAUCCGAGAAAUUAAGACCUUCACAUUGAGAUGCCAUGCAUGUUUCAAGCUUUGCUCAGACAUGACUAAGAUAUUCUGUCCAAAAUGUGGCAACAAAACCUUGAAGAGAGUGGCUGUAACAAUCAAUCCUGAUGGAACACAAAAAGUUUGGAUUAACUUCAAGAGACCAAUAAACACUAGAGGAAUGAUAUUUACAUUACCAAAACCUAGGGGAGGCCAGCAUGCCAGAAAUCCUAUUUUAGUCGCUGAUCAGAAAGAAGCCAGACAAUUUUCCAGUAAGAUGAGCAAGAAGAAAAUUAAUCCAUUACAUGAAGAUUAUGAUCCUGAUGCUGCUCCAUUUGCAGUUCGGGAUGUGUAUUCCCGAGCGGCCCAACUUGGUUAUAUGGGAGAUAAAUGCCACAACCAUUAUUAUUGGGAGAGGAAGAACCCUAAUGAACGAACAAAGAAAUACAAAAAGAAAAAGUGAAUACAAAGUACUAGCUUUAUGCUUGUAGUUUUUGUAUUGUUAUCAGAGUAUUAAAUAGUAAGUUACCAAAAAUGUAUUUAAUAUCCUCAAAAUAUAAGUCUUUUUCUCUAUGUUUGCUACUGCUACUUAAUGUGAUAAGUACUAGCCAAGUUCACCAAGCAUUUGUUUGUUGUCUACAUCUAUCAUAGCUUUUCCAAAUUUUUCUUUUAUUUUACAAAGCUUAACAAAGCACAGGCUUCGAUAAAACAACCGGCUUGGGGGAAGGAGAGCAAAGCGAAAGACAACUCCCCAAGGCAGGUGAAGAAAGACUGGUGCAUCAAGAGGUUCCAAGCCUGGUCAGUGACCAACAUCCACCUCGUAUACCCAUGAGUUGCCAGAUGCCACAGAUUCCUUGCUUUACAAUCUUUAAUUGUUUUUAACUGAUUUCCAGUUGGCAGUAGAAGAUUAUCAAAUUGUUAAGACCUCAGGUUUGUUAGCUAUGAAAAAUAUAAAUUUAUUAAAAA